CCCGCCGCCCAGCAGCAUCCGAAAGACCGCCUCCUUAGAAAUCGCUCUUCACGAUUUGUUGCCAGGACUUGCCAACCAUAAGUAGUUUUAAGGUUGAUUGGCCGGAACAGGGAAGCGGGUGGGUCUUUUGGGCAGGCGGUGUUUUACUGUGCGUGAGGUGGUGGUCGUUGAGGUGUGGUUUGGUGGGGUUGGUUGGGCUGUUACUGUUAUGGCCUACCGCAGGAAAUACAAGACCCCGGCCGUGAUAAAUCAUGACUUUAUCAUUCAGAAGCUUGUGGAUGCCACGUACGUCCUGGUGAUGAGUCUCCUGCUGUCCUCCUUUUCUGAGGUCGCAUCCAAGUACACCAUGAUGUUUCUUGCUGUGCAGUACAAUGUCACCUAUACCAUUGAUGACAGCAGUGAGCAGUUUGAUUUUUACGACUAUGGUCCCAAAGACAUUGCCACAAUCAGCUUCUACAUGCUUGUAGCUAUUAAAGUGCAUGCUGUAAUCCAGGAGUGCAUAUUAGAUAAAAUUAAUAGACAGCUGCAGCUGUCAGAACCAGAGCAGAGCAAAUUCAAUGAAUCGGGACAGCUCGCAUUGUUCUACUUGUUUUCAGUUAUAUGGGGAGCAGGUAUUUUGAAUGCAGAAGAAUUCACAAUGAACCUAACCUCGCUCUGGAAAGAUUAUCCCUUUUCUCGUAUGCUUUUUCAGGAAAAACUCUUCUAUAUUUGCCAGAUAGCCUAUUGGCUUCAUGCACUGCCGGAGCUGUACUUCCAAAAGAUUCAAAAGGAAGAUAUUCCAAGGCAGCUACGUUAUAUUUGCCUUUACAUUACUCAUAUCUCUGGUGCCUAUAUAUUAAAUUUGCAGCAUUUGGGGCUAAUUCUGGUGGUACCUCACUAUUUGGUGGAACUCCUUUUUCAUGCCUCGCGUCUCUUCUACUUCUGUGAUGAAGACAUGCAAAAAGGAUUUGUCAUUUGGGCUUUACUUUUCGUAAUAGUGCGUCUUUUGACCCUAACUGUAUCUGUCCUCACAUUUGGAUUUGGUCUGGCAAGAGCAGAGAAUCCAGAUUUUUCCAUAGCAGACGGAAACUUCAAUAUACUCCCUGUGAGGAUUGGCUGUCUGGGUGCUGUUUGUCUAACACAGGCCUGGAUGAUGCGGAAGUUUGUACAUUUUCAGCUGAAGAAAUGGAGAGAGUGUGUUGAGGACCAGAUUCCAAACAAAAAACCAACUAUCACAAAGAACAAACGAACAAAGAAGGAACCAGAAAAAGGUUUAGAAAGAGGACAAAUUCUGACAGGACAUCACUAAUCUUUCAGUAUGAAGUUAGGAAGAAAACCUGCUACAGUCAGGGAUUGUUCCAUGUGUUAAAUACAAUAUAGGGAAGGUAUGAGACAGGUAAUCAACUAGGAAUUCCCAAGUGCUUGGCAACUUCUUUGAAUUGCAGCUUUUGGAAGCAUUGCUAAUAAUGUCUAAUGUCUUCGAAAUUAGUUUUCUUUAACCAAAUACUUCAACCAAUUCCAAACCCUUAUGUCACAGCAAGAUCUGAGGUCAAUCCAGGCAUCUUGUUAUGAAGUCGAUAAAACAAAAGGCACAGUGGAUUUCUCAAACAGAAAUGAUUAGCCAAAGAAAUGCUAAUAAAAGCCAAAUCUAAGCCAGGGGUAAUGAGAGUAUUGUAAAGUCAUGUUUAUGUCACAGAGGAUCUUCAAAAGUCUUAGAAACACAGAGCCUAAGUGCCAUGGAAGAGACAGGUCAGAAAGCCUGUGCUUGAGGUCUAGGAUAAAGACUGCAGCGUGGUAGGGCUGUGUUUAGUGAAGUUUGUUUUGUGGAUUUUUUUGUUGUGGUGUUGGGAUUUUUGAAAUUAUUAUUUAUUUAAAUAUUGCUUUGUCAGUGUUUUGAGAACUGAGCUGAUUGUGUUUCUUUCUUCUUUCAACAUAAUGAAUGUCACAUAGAGUAACAGUCAAAUUGGACACUUCUUCCUGUUUCAGUUUUCAAGCCUUUGCUGAAGUUGCAUAAAAUCUGUCAGCACAGAUGUUGAGGCGUGUUCCCUAAUGAUGUAAUAGUUUAAUGAAUGAUCCUCUUAAGCUCUUUUAAUAUUUAAGGUUUUAAUUUAUGUAAAUCAACUGUGUGUUGUAUCUUGUCACAAUCUAAUUGUAACCUGAAUUCAUCUUUGCAAGUAGGCAUGUGCACAUAAAAAUAUAAAAUAUUACUGAGCAUUUGCCUUCUUGAGCAACCAAAAUUAGGUCCUCUUACUUUUAACCUUCCUUACCUCCUAGUGGGUAUCUAACAGUUGUUUUAUCUCUUGAAUAUUAUUUUAGAGAUAAAAGGAAGGGCAUAUUUUUAGGUGGUGCAGAACAGCUUAUGUUACAAAGCUGUAUCUCUGGUUUUGGACUGUGUAACAGGAAUGAACAGGUUGCCUUGGUUUUAAAAGCACAUUAACAAGAAACCUUCUUUAGCUGAUAAAUUUUACAUUCUCUUCUUAUUGAGUGUUGGAGUUGGCUACAAGAAGUGGAAUACAGUGGAGGUUGUAUGGUGGCAGAGCGAUGUGGACAGUAGCGUUGCUCCUGCCUGCUCCUGUUGAAGUCCACUAAAACCAGAAAUCAUUCGUGGUAGGUUCUAAAAAUGCAGGAUGUUGUCGGGGAGCUGGAGUUUCCAGCACGUUCUGAAAAAUGCUAGAAUUUCUAAACGCUCAGUCUUGUUGAAUGCUAAGUAACUAAUUAAUUAGUUUCACCAUUUUGUUCAUAAAUGAAUUGGGAUGGAGGAGGCAAUGUUUCAUCUAUAUUUGUUUCUUAAUGUUUAAAAUGGGCUGCUGCAUCUACUAAACUGAAAGCACAUAUGUACUGCCUUAUUUAAACCAUCUCAGUGUUGACUUUUACCACAAAAAACUGUCUAGUAGUUACAGAAAUGGGUAAAAAAACACUGAUGAGGUAAACUAUUUAAAUCUUAGAUGCUUAGCUUUAAGCCUCAGUAGCUGGAACUGAGCUUCUGAAUUUACUGGCCAUGAGCAAGAAAGAAAUGUUUACAAACUAGUGUUGUUCUAACAUUUAUUUGUUACAAUUGUCCCUUAACAUUCUCAUAUACAGUCACUCUUUCAGUGAAACCAGCAAAGUACUCCAGAUUACGUUGACUAAUGUGUGACUGUCUGAUGGCAACAAAGAUACUGGCUUGUUUUAAAUUCCCCCUGAAGAUGUAUUUUCUUUUCAGUUGACUUCUCUGUCCUUUUUCUGGUUAAACAAUUAGUGAUGAAAUGUGUUGUUUUUUACAAAAGCGUUAUGAAAAACAAAUUCACAUAACUUUAGCUUAUACAAUGAUUAAAUUACAUUUAUAGGUUAGUGAAAGGUUGCUGAAAAUAUGAAUUGUUUUGCUGAAACAUUAGGGUUUUUUUAUGUACUUUGUUUUAUGUGAGGAUUUGUUCUUUCUUUAAUAUGUGAUUAAUAAUCCACAGCACAAGAGCCAUGUUUUCAGUGCACGUGCAAGGUUCUGAUUACUCACUUGAUAAGAUAUUGCUGAAGAAAACUUUCUCCAUUUGAAAAAAAAUCUUUAAUGAUAUGUUUCUGAUGCAUCUCAUUUUGCACUAAAUUGUGUUUAAUUUUGUUGCCAUUAAAUAAUUUAUUUUAUUAUUAUGCUAAACCAGUUAUUCUGGCUAGUCUGGUCAGUUAGGCAGAUUAGCCACCCAAACUGGAUUGCUAGUUUAGGAAGAAGGUAUGGAUGUGUUUGGGAUUUAUUAAAAAAUUAUACUCCAAUUCUUCAACACUUUUACCCAUUUCCUAUCAGAGCUGGGUUUCUUUGCUGCUGCUUCAAUGUCAGAACAACUUUUCUCUUCAGUCCUUGCAGUAAUUUAAGGGGGUUUGUGUGUCAGAUAUUCUUCUCAACUCUAGUCAAGCCGCCUGCAAUCAAUCUGCUGCAAAGUUAGUGUACAGGGAAAAAAAAAUCAAAAUAACACAGGAGUUAAAGCAAGUUAAAAUUUUGCAGCCACCAUUUGUAUGAUUAUAAAAAAAUCCAAUACCAAAGACUUGGGGGGUGGAGAGAACUUUAGGUAUGGGGGAGCAGAGAGGCUUGUUAGGCGGUUUUCUUUUGUGCUGUCCUUUUCUAAUUUGGGGGGGGGGGGGGGAAAGGGAUGGAAAGAUACUUCUGUCCUGGAGUACAGCUGGAAAAUGUCAUAGCCUA